AUGUCUCAAUCAAUCCCUCAACCCAAGACCACCACGCACGAAGGACUUAAAGUAAUCAUAACAGGAGGCGCCGGCUGCAUCGGUUUCGCAACCAUCAAAGCAUUGCUAAAACAUCACCCAAACGCGCAAAUCCACGUCCUGGAUCUCACAACCCCAUCUCUGGAGACAUACCCCUUUUCAACUUUCGCGCAACACAAAGAUCAAUUACACUUCCAUGAAACAGACAUCACAUCCCCCACCUCUCUAUCCGCAGUCUUUGAAGCCGUCCGGCCUCAAGCAGUCAUCCACACAGCCUCCAUAAUCCCCUCUGCCGCACGCAAGAGGCAAUUGAGCAAUGAGGGAUUGUGGAAGAUCAAUGUCGAAGGGACUAAGAAUGUUCUUGAUAUUGCCGAGCGGACUGAAGAAGUGAGAGGGCUGGUAUAUACGAGUUCCUGCGAUGCCGUGAAACCAGAUAGUUGGAUGGAUUUUGUGAAUGCCACGGAAGCAGAGACGCAACAUUUGAAAGAUAGGGAGGUGGGAAAAUGGGAUAGUGAGUAUGCGAGAUCGAAGGCCGCAGCAGAAUCCCUCAUCCUGUCUACAGAUCUGAGGAUAAAAACAUGCGCAAUCCGUACACACGGCGUGGUUGGAACGUUAGAUCAGAACCUCUUCCCGCUUGUGGCUACGAGUCCUCGAAAGAUUUCCCUGGGCUCAGGGAAGAAUAUGUAUGAUUUUUCCUCGGCUGACAAUGUGGGUUUGGCGCAUGUGCUGGCUAUGAAUAACCUCCUCGGUUUGUCUCCGAAGAAUGGCGGCAAGAUUGAUGAUGAUGAUGAGGAGGGCGGAGAGAGUGCAAACCGCCGCGCCUUUUUCGUAACGGAUGGAACACCCAAACCAUUCAGGGAACUUCAAGAAAUGAUCUGGCGUGUCGUCGACAAUGACCCGGAGAAGAAUUAUGGGGGGUAUACAGUUAUUCCGGUCUGGCUGUUCAAAGCCAUUCUCAGAUUUGCAGGUUUGUUUACAAAGACGGCGAUUUCGCCGGAUGAUGUUGGAGAUGCGGUUUCGACGAGGUAUUACGAUAUCAGCGAGGCGACGAGAGUGUUGGGGUAUAGGCCUGAAAGAAACAAAGGGCUCGAGGAGUCAAUGAGGGAUGCGUUUGAAUGGUGGAAGACGACAACGCCAACAGGAUUGACGAAAGACGGGAGGAAAUGA